AUCAUCCUUAAUCACAGUCCCCUAAUCCCACUAUCUCCAUCACCUUCUCUGUCUAAUUUGAAUCUCCAUCAAUGGAGGGAAGUGGAACCAACUCUAAUGUUUUCAUCCAUCCCGCCACCGGCUUCUGUUCACUAACCAAAACUUUCCACAGCCUCCGACCGGAAGUUCCUCUCCCGCCACCCUCUCAACCUCUCUCCAUAACGCAAUUCACUCUCUCUCUCCUCCAAUCCACCGCCACCAACGUUUCUCAAACUCCGUUUCUCAUCAACUCCGUCACCGAUCAGCGCCUUACUUAUGCUGACUUUCUCCUCCAGGUUCACUCUCUUUCCCUCUCACUCCGAACUCAUUACUCUCUAUCCAAAGGCGACGUCGUUUUUAUCCUCGCUUCUUCCUCUUUCCAAAUCCCUGUUCUCUACUUCUCUCUCUUCUCACUUGGUGUCAUUAUUUCUCCCGCCAAUCCCCUCAGCUCCCACUCCGAAAUCUCUCACCAAGUCCACGUCAGCAAACCUUCCGUCGCCUUUGCCACGUCACAUACCUCACACAAACUCCCCUCCAAUCUCCCUGCCAUCCUCAUCGAUUCGCCGCAGUUCAUCUCCUUAUCAACUCAAAACCUCCAAAAUCAGAACGUUGAUUUAACGGAUUGUACUAUUUCCGUUCAACAAUCCGACUCGGCAGCCAUUCUUUACUCUUCAGGAACGACCGGGAAAGUGAAGGGCGUGUUGUUGACUCACCGAAACGUCAUCGCUUUGAUUGCGAUACUCCACCAUGUCGGGUUUAAAGCUAAUCCAAGUAAAGCGCGGGAAGUGUCGUUAUUGACGAUACCUCUGUUCCAUGUUUUUGGUUUUUUUGAAGUAAUGAAGGCGGUUUCCACGGGAGGGACUUUGGUUUUGACGGAGAGGUUUGAUUUUGAGGCAAUGUUGAAGUGUGUGGAGAAGUAUAAAAUAACUAGCGUGUCGAUUUCGCCUCCGGUGGUUGUGAUGUUAUUAAAAUCGGCAUUGCCAAACAAGUAUGAUCUUAGUUCGCUUCGGUCGCUUAUAUGCGGCGGUGCGCCUCUUGGGGUGGAGGUUGCUAAGAAGUUCAACGAUAAAUUUCCCCACAUGGAGCUUUUGCUGGGAUACGGUAUGACUGAGGGUGGAGGAAUUUCAGCAAUAAGGGGGCGGAAUGAGGCGAAGAGGUAUGGUUCUGUUGGUCUUCUAACAGAACUAUUGGAAGCUAAGAUUGUUGAUCCUGUAACUGUAGAAGCUCUAUCUCCGGGCCAGAAAGGGGAGCUAUGGCUGCGAGGGCCAACUGUCAUGAAAGGUUAUGUAGGAGAUGACAAGGCAACUUCUGAAACCUUGGAUUCAGAGGGCUGGUUAAAGACUGGGGAUCUUUGUUAUUUUGACUCUGAUGGUUUCCUCUUCAUUGUUGAUAGGCUAAAGGAAAUUAUCAAAUACAAGGCAUACCAGGUUACCCCGGCUGAGUUGGAACAUUUGCUUCAAUCAAAUCCUGAAAUCAGUGACGCUGCUGUGAUUCCAUACCCAGAUGAAGAAGAUGGGGAGAUUCCUGUGGCCUUAGUGGUGAGAAAACCUGGAAGCUAUAUCACUGAGAAUCAAGUAAUGGAUUUCAUUGCAAAACAGGUUGCACCAUACAAGAAAAUAAGAGGUGUUGCUUUUGUAAAUUCUAUUCCGAAAUCCCCUGCUGGAAAAAUCUUGAGGAGAGAGCUGAUCACUCAUGCUCUCUCUGCCAAUCUCUCUAAACUAUGAUUUCUCCUCUGCUCAAACAACUCUUGAUGUUGGAUUUGACGUUAUCGUCCAGGUAUCAUCACCCCUGAUCCUGAAAUUGGCAUGCAUGGUAUCUGUAAUAUAUUAUUUUAUUUGUGGGGAUGAAUUAGUUAGUUACAAUGAAGUGGCUGUAUUGUUGCGGAGGAAGAGUGAAGGACUGAAGGUAUUGUUUGUAAUAGGAUAAGGUUGAGCUUGUAAUUUGUUUUGUGUAAAUUAUUGUUUGUUUAUUAGAUUGUAAAGAUGUAAAUUGUGUUUAACGUGGAACUUUGGCCUGCAACAAAUAAUUAGAUAAAUGGAUGUUAAGAAUUCAUUUACC